UUUAAAGUGUUUCAGAAAACGGGAAGAGAAUAUUCUAAUAUAUUCGACAUUCCUUAUUAUAAAGUUCUCAAGAAAUAUUUACAAUUUUUGGGACAAGAUCCAUAUCAAGAAUGUAAAUAUAGAAAUAUUAUUACUAUUAUUAUGUUGAUUAGCAUGAUAACAAUAUUUAUACCAACGAUAUUUGAAAUAUAUGUAUCGAUACAUGAUAAGAAUACGGAUGCAGUAAUGGAAUGUUUGCCGAAUUUAUGCGCAAGUAUGAGCAGUGUUGUUAAAAUAUUGAAUGUACAUUUCAAUAGAGAAAAUUUUAAUAAACUAUUAAAAUUUGUGGUGAAAGAAUGGGAGGAGCUGAAAUUAAAUGAAUUGCAUAUUCUAGAAGAAAUCACUAAUCAGGGUAGUAAAAUAGCGCACUUAUAUCGCAAUACUUUAUUGUCUUUUUUGAUAUUGUUUUUAUCUGUUCCUAUGUACUUUCCUAUUCUGGAUAUGAUAGAUGCAUUAAAUCAAACUCGAUCACGACAACAACUACUUAGAGUCAAUUACAUGGUUUUUAACGCUGAUGAUUACUUUUUCUAUGUGUAUUUGCAAUUAGCUUGGGGUGCAAUUGUUAUCGUGAUGAUCGUAGUUACCAUAGAUUCUUUAUAUAUAAUUAUAAUUCAUCAUAUAUGUGGAUUGUUCGCAGUGUGUAGUUACGAAAUUCAAAAAACAAUAAAAGAUUUGACAGUAUUUGCUAAUAUUGAAAAAUGCUCAUAUAAAGAAUUAGAAAAUUGCGUGAUAAAGCACAAGAAAGCAAUCGAGUUUUAUAAUAUUCUAAAUAAUAGUAGUCAACUGAGUUAUUUGCUUCAGAUUGGAAUAAAUAUAAUGGGUAUAAGCACGACAGCUUUUCAAUUAGCCGUGAAUUUAGAUACCAGACCACAAGAGGCAAUCAGAAACGCUGUAUUUUGUGGAGCCAAUCAAUUUCAUUUAUUUGUGCUUAGCUUACCUGGACAGAUACUUCUCGAUCAUUGUACCGAACUUUCCAAUACAAUAUAUUGUUCUAUGUGGUAUAAAUUACCAGUAAAAAUUCAAAAAAUAUUUAACAUAAUGUUAAUGAGAAGUAAAAAAUCAUGCGCGUUAACAGUAUACGGAUUGUACGAAUUGAAUAUGGAAAACUUUGGAAUAGUAUGUAAUAUAACAGUCAUAUAUAUAUAUCAUAACUAUUAUUCAUUAAAUUUAAUUUUUAUAAUUUUUUCAUUCCAAGACUUUCAAAGCUUGUAUAUCGUACUUUACUAUGAUGCUGUCGCUAAAAUAACACAAUGUUAAAUAAUUCAUAUCAAGAGUUUCAUCACAUAAUGUUUUACUUGAUGUUAAGUAAUUUAUAUCAAACGUGCAAAUAAAAUUAGUAUAAUCAUUACCAAUUAUGAUCUCCAUUUUUUAUUCCACUGGAUUUUCUAGCAUUCUCACGAAUAUUUAUGUUUAUUCUGUACUAAUUCAUAACAUAAUUCGUUAUGAAUUAAUUCGCAAAGAAAGC